AUGCUGCUGCAGCAGCAGCAGCAGCAGCAGCAGCAGCAGCAGCAGCAGCAGCAGCAGCAGCAGGUGCAGCAGAUGCAGCAGCAGCAGCUGCCGCAGCAGCAGCAGCACCUCUAUGCAGCAGCUGCUGCCUACAGUACUUCGGCUCCAACUGCAGCUGCAGCAGCAGCAGCAGCAGCAGCACGAGCAACUGCAGCAGCAGCAGCACCAGCAGCAGCAGCAGCAGCAGCAGCAGCAAGAGGUGUUCAGGGCUCCUUGUGGGGGUUUAUAAAGAGAGAAGAACCGCAGCAGGCGGUGGAAGGGUUUUUGAGGGGAGACAGAGGCGACACACGGAGCAGCAGCAGCAGCAGCAGCAAGAGGUGUUCAGGGCUCCUUGUGGGGUUUUAUAAAGAGAGAAGAACCGCAGCAGGCGGUGGAAGGGUUUUUGAGGGGAGACAGAGGCGACACACGGUUGCUGGUCCUAGCGGGGCCUGA